AUGUCCCAGCGAGCAGAUGCCUCCCAAUGUGGCGGGGUUGUGGUCGAGUUCGAGUCUGAACACAUCAAAAAUGCAAGAGUGAAAAAAACUAAGAGUAUACCAGGUAAAGUCACAAAAAUUUAAAGUCACUAUAAAAUUUAAGUGUGUCUGCGGCUGAUUUGACAUGAACUUAAUCAAUCUUUGUGGAAUUCCCCUAAAGGUUCAGCUCUUAUCUACCUCAAGGGUCCCAAGUUUCUCAUCUAUGUCAGUGGGGCAUUGUCAAUGUGGGUAAGAAUCAUGUCCUGAGGGAACAGAUGAAACUUUGAAACUUGAGUAAAUGCAAGGUAAACUAUUGUUAGCUUUCUGAGUAUUGCAAAACACCACAUAAUGAUUUUGUUUUUAAACAGGGGGACCGCAUGUGGCACUUUGCAAUCUCUGUGUUCCUGAUAGAGCUAUACGGCCGUAACUUAUUGUUGACUGCUGUGUUUGGAUUGGUAGUGGCUGGGUCUGUGCUCCUACUUGGAGCUUUGAUUGGAGACUGGGUUGAUCGUAAUCCAAGGAAUAAAGGUAUGCACAAUAAUUUCACAGUACCCAUUUGCUAAUGUAGUUAAUCAUAGAAAGGGGAUGUAGAUCAGUGGAUGUAGAUCUCUAUCUUGGGCUCAGAAGUCUGCUGGCAUCCUAUCUAUGUAUGUGGUGAAUUACACUGUACCCUCACUGUUUGGAGUGUAAAUCAGUUACUCAUUUGAUAGCUUGACUCAAUACCAGCAAGACUCAAGGUGCAAGAUACACAUCCACUGACUCAGAGCUGUGAAGGCUGGCAUUGCUUUUUUAUGAAAUACAUCAUUCAUGUUCUGAGAGUCUAAAACUGUUUUUCUGUCUCCUAUUUUAGUUGCACAUGCAUCUCUUUUUAUCCAGAACAUCUCAGUGACAAUAUGUAGCAUUGUGCUUAUGUUGGUGUUCUUAUAUAAGCAAAGGAUUGCACAGAUCUGGGAUGGAUGGCUUACUGUGAGUAAACAUAUCUGAAUAUCUGAAUGUAUAUAGUUUCUAAAUGCAGUGUCCAUCCUGAUGAUUACACAGCAAAGUUAUAGUGGCUGUUCCCCCUCUGUUUUGUUUCCUUGUUGUCUCUGCUUCUGAGCUUCUGGCCAUUCUGUGCUGUCAUAGUAACAUGUUGCAUCGCAAAACUUACACAAGGUGGUUUGUUAUACGGUGGUGAUCGUCCUGGCAGAUGUGGCAAACCUUGCAAGUACAGCGUUGACCAUUGCUAUUCAGAGGGACUGGAUUGUGGUUAUCACAGGCUACAACCGAGGUCACUUAGCUGGUGAGAUUUAAUUACUUUUUAGUGCACCUAGUGGUUUUGUAGUCCAUAUUUUUCAUAUAUGCUUUCUAUGGUGUUCACCUGUUGAGCAUGAUUAAUUUGGCAUCAGCUCUCGAUCUUGCUGAAGAUACUCUUGUGGUGGCACGAUAAACUCUAUGUCUUAUAUCCUGUUCACAGGAAUGAAUGCAACCAUGAGGCGGAUUGACCAGGUGACUAACAUCCUGGCCCCACUAGCAGUGGGACAGGUCAUGACACUGGCUUCCAAUGUAGUUGGCUGUGGCUUCAUCCUGGGUUGGAACCUUGUGUCUCUAAUUGUGGAGUUCUUCUUCUUGUCACGGGUGUACCGUAUCGUCCCUGCUCUUUCAAUCAAACCGCCAGUAGCAGAGGAGGAUAACGCUCAGGUGUAUCUGCAGAGGAUGGAGAGGGGAAGGUCACAAGGUAUGAUCUCAUCAAUGUUUUGACAAUAAACUAUUAUCAGAAUCUUUUGUAUUUCAUAUCUUUUUGUUUAAAUACAUUGAAGUGUUUUUUUAGUGCAUCAAGAUUAGUUAACAUCAAAAUGUGGAGAGUAACAAAAGGAUAUGUUAAUAGCAAUGAAUCAGGCUUCUGGUUUUUUUAAACGUUUACUUUAUUGCACCCCUUAAAAAGUAUUUUUAAAAAUUACAGAAAAUUAGGCAUCUCUUUUUUUUCUUUACACCGAAACACAUUUUAAAACAAAAUAAAGUAAGUUGUGUUCUUUUGAUGAAGCUUAGAAAAAUUACACAAAAAAAACUGUCAAUUUCUCCAAGAUAACCUCACAACUUUUGUUAAAUUCUUGAAAUACUACAGACCUUCAGAUUUUGAUAGAAAGUAUAAAACUGGUAUACAAAAAGCUCUUUCAGUCUGAGGCUUUUUCCUGCUCUGUGCUGCACAUUUAAUGGACUAAAUGAAGAAAGUAUAAAACAGUUAAGUUUUGCUUUAGUAUAUAAUAUUAGAAGAUGCAACCCCUCCUUUUUUUCCACAGUAGCAGACUGCUGCUUGGUCUGUAUCUUGUUUGAAGUCCACUUCCAUUAGUCAAGAAGCUCUGUAUUAAACAGAUGAUAGGACUCUGGCUCAACAUGAAAAAGAGGAAUUCAAAGUACAAACUGAUAACUGGUCUUUAUAACAACUGAUUAUCAGAGCUGAUUGGUGUCAUUUUUCUUUUUCUUUAGAGGAAGGUGAUGUAGCACAACCCCAACCUCUGGCAGAAGGUAACUGCAAUGCAAGUCUGCACCUAAAAGAAAUUACAGACCUGCCGCUGUGUUUCCGGAGGUUUCGUUGGCUGGUGAGCACCUGUAAGGAUGGCUGGAGGGCCUACUAUCGUCAGCCUGUCUUCCUGGCAGGAAUGGGUCUAGCUUUUCUCUACACGACAGUCCUUGGCUUUGACUGUAUCACCACUGGCUAUGCCUACACUCAGGGCAUAAGUGGUUCCCUCCUCAGUCUACUAAUGGGUGUCUCAGCGAUCACAGGGCUAAUGGGCACCGUAAUGUUUACCAGACUGAGGAAGACCUAUGGUCUGGUUAACACGGGCAUCAUCUCGAGCUGUCUUCACCUGGGCUGCUUGCUGCUAUGUGUAUGUUCCGUGUUUGCCCCAGGCAGCCCAAUGGAUCUUAGUUUUCUAAUGCCCCCCAUUGCCCCCAACUCCUCUACAGAGCUGGGAGGAAUGGCAAGUCAAAGGCAGAAACACACAUAUCCUCUGCGGGGAGGCAGUAAUCAGCCUCUGGUACCAGACCGCUCCUCCAUCCACUGGACCAACAACACUGUUCUUUUUGACAACGUGCCCUCUGGCACAGCACCAGAAUCAUACAUCUCAAUCAUCCUGCUCUUCCUGGGUGUCAUCACAGCACGCAUUGGUAAGUGGACAAACACCAAACACUGAGAUGCUUUUAUUAACACCCCAAGUUAAGUGGGUUCAUUUGUUGUAUUAAAAAACAAUGAAUGGAUGUACUAUCAACUGCAGAGCCGGGCUCUUGCACUAACAUUCCAGAAACGAUUGGAAUAUAUUAUCUACUAAUUAGCUUAACUUAUACAUUUUAUCUCAAUUGCACACUGGACAUUGAAAAAUAAGAAAUGAUAAAACAAAUGAAUGUUUACUGAGAUGAAUACAUUAGCUGUUGAGACAACUGGCUUUUUCAGUGGUCGUGAGCUUUUUUAAAGAUCGCUGUUAUGUAUGUUUUAGGUCUCUGGUCCUUCGAUCUGACAGUGACCCAGCUCCUGCAGGAGAACAUCUGUGAGUCAGAGAGGGGUGUUGUAAAUGGAGUGCAAAGCUCAAUGAAUUACCUGAUGGAUCUGCUUCACUUCAUCAUGGUGAUCUCUGCUCCACAGCCACAGCACUUUGGAAUCCUUGUUAUCAUUUCUGUAUUAUUUAUCACUACUGGACACACCAUGUACUUCCUGUAUGCACACAAAGCCAAGAGAAAACUCCGCCUCGACACAUAA